UUUUGCAGCUGGAUCUGGAAGCAUCGUAUUUUUCCCAGCUGGAUGCGGUGGAUGCAAGCCAUAGAUCCUCUUGCGCUGGAGAUGCCAUGGAUUCCCUUGGUCCUUCUGCUUAGCGCUGCUUCAGGCCAGCUCCAACUAUCCAGCCCCUUUCAGCGCAGACAUCAUACAGCUGUAUGGAGUGGUGAAGGAAGGCUCUAUGUCUUUGGUGGGUACAAUGCGAAUAGGCAGGCGACCAGUGACCUGCACUACUACGAGGCUGCCAGCGACUCAUGGCAUCAGGUUUCAGCCGACGCUCCACCCAGCCCAAGGCAAAGGCAUACCGCAGUCUGGACAGAAGGGUUGAUGUAUGUCUUUGGAGGCGCUACAGACGACGACUAUCUUGGAGACUUGUUUUGCUACGCCAGCUUGAGCAACUCGUGGCAUCAGUUGUCGCCUGCCUGGACACCACCUGCUCGCCAUUCCCACACGGCCGUUGUGGACCCUGACACGCUCAGGAUGUACGUCUUCGGAGGGGAGAAUGCUGAGGGCAAGCUGAACGACCUGUACUUCUUCAGUGAUGAACACUGGCAGCAGGUGGCCACGUUUUCGCCUCCCAGUGCUCGUUCCUCACACUCUGCGCUUUGGAGCGCGCGAAGUGGCGGGAUGUACAUCUUUGCAGGCGACGGAAGCCAGGCGCGGCUCAAUGACCUUUGGUACUACGCGAGUGGCGCAUGGACCCAGCUUUGGCCGAAGGGAGCCUCGCCGAAAGCCGCGUCUGACACGAGCAUGAAGGCGAUCUGGAGCGAGCAUCGGAUCUACGUCUUGGGAGGUGUGACAGAGCUCGGGGAACUCAAGGAUUUCUACUACGAUCCGCAGGCCAACCAUUGGCAAGAGAUGUCUCCUACUGCACCCAUCUGGGGCUUCUUUUCCGCCACCGCGACACCCAGCGGCACGUACAUCCACACAGGGCAGUCGAUGUACCUGAGCUUGCCCUCGAAGCGGCGAACGGCUGCGUCGUCUUCCACGUCUGUGAGCACAACAUCCGCGAGCCCGGCCUCUACUUCCACCCUGGACGCGGUGCGCCAAGCCGCGGCGGAGCUGGCGGAAGGCAUGGGCUGGGCGUCGGAGGCGUCGAGCAACGACGGUGCGGCGGCGAAGCUACAGGGCUCCGCCAGCCUGGUGCAAAACGGCGGCGUCGCCGCGCUGCUGCCGGCAGGGCUGGGCGGUGGCAACUCCAUGGGCAUCAUGGGCAUGGGCCAAACCAGUGUGGUAGUCACUGUGACGGUCCUCUCGAAUUCCAGCACUCUCACGGGCGGCCAAACCUCUGAGGGGCGAACGCGUUUGGUCGCAGACGCGGUGGACGUGUCACUGUUCCAGGUGAGCCGGGGCAUUGCCACCCACCUCAGCGUAGAAGAUGUGGAGCCCAUCUAUCUGCGGCUCGCGCAGGUGGAGCCCAAGGACACCUUCCACUGCGCCUUUCUGGACGGCGACGUGUGGCGCUCAGAGGGCGUGCACCUCGCCAAUGCCACGGAGGUGGCGGACUACUUCCGAGCCAACGGGGUGGAGAUGGAGCCCACCGGCGUUUGGUGUGCCACUACGCACCUCUCCAUCUUUGGAGUCCUGGAGGAGCUGCUGGAUUGCACCAACCUCCACGUCUUGUCCCCGGACGGCUUGGCGCAAAUCGGCGACUCUGAGUGGCGCCUCAGGACCCCAGCCAUGUCAUUCUGGCUGCUGCUGGCGUUUCUUCUGAAGCUGGUCUUUUUCGGAAUCGCCCAAGAUGCCAAGUUUGCGCGAGACAAACUCUGGCACGACGAGCUGUUCCUCACAGAGUUAAGCCCGGUUCGGACAAGGUGCUGGCCCGGGUGCGGAAGCCGGCACGCAGCAGCCCAGCAAGCUCGGGCCGUGCGCCCGCUGCACCAGAAGUUGCAGGAGGCCUUGCUGUGUCAGAACACGCUGCGCGCGGCGGCGCGGCAGCAUCGCAUCCACAGCUCCACCAUCGAGGCCCACAUCUGGGGCCGACGGGGCUGGGUGCAGGGCAGCCUGGCACAGAAAUCCCCGAGCCUCAAGAAGCUGACGCUGGAAAUGGAGAAGACUCUACCCUGGGCCUUCGAAGCAACCUGCUCCUCCCGUUGCUUUCGCUGCUGGUCCACCUGCUUAGCGGUGCACCCGGUCCUCGAGCUCCUCCACUGGGACUUGCACGUCUCCGCGGCGAAGCGCGCGAAGCUGGCGCUGGACAGCGUCCUGGGGGCGCUGGCCUUCGUCGCUUUGUUUUUCACCUGGGAGGGCUCCGCUGUGGUUUUUCAAGGCGACGCGUGCCCCGUGGAGCAGGGCUCGAUUUUGUGGUAUGUCUUCGUCUCCUGCUCGGCGAUUCUCUUGAACGCUCUGCCUUGCAGCUGCAUGCAUUCUUUGGCCCGGCGGCAGUUCGCCCGAGAAUGGCCAGAUCGCAGCUGGCAGCUGAAGGUCCGCUCCUGCUGGGACUUUGGCUUUUGGGCGCUGGGGAUGUGCCUCACCACGUGUCAUGUGAUGAUGAUUCUUGCCAUCCUGGCGAACCUUCAAGUUGAGCACGAGUGGAAGUGGAUGAUCUCUUUGGCCGUGGUUUUGGCUCGCAAGCUGAUCCUCGUGCCGUUUCUGGCGUGUGUGCUGAGCCUGGUGCCUGACCUCUUGCCCGACGACGGACAGGUUUCGAAGAAGUUUGGGCUGGACAUGCAGCUGCAGAGUGACACAGCAGGCCCUCGUGGACGAUGGCACGAGAAGGUAGAGGAGUUGGCUGGGCGCGGGAUCAGUGUCCGUCAGCUCCUGGACUUCUACUCGCACUUGGGACAGGAUGUGAUGCCGCACUUUGACCCAGCCCGGUCUACCACUCACGACGUGGUGCGUCAGGCGAUCAUCCCUUUGUCCCUGCGGCUCCGCCACUGUUGCGCUUUCGAGAUCUUGCCGGAGGACGCGCCUGGUUUGGUCUGCUCGGUGUUUGGCGCGGACGGAGGUUCGAAGCCAUGGAAAGUGGACACGGCCUGCAGGGCCAAGGGAAGCGGCCAGGUGUGGGUCGUGGAGGACCUCUUUCAGGAGGAGGGCCUCCUCUUCCGGUUGGGCUCAUGUUCGGCACAUCUGUCCAGCUCGGAGUUCUGGAACGGCUUCAAGGGCGAGCUCCGGCUAGGUGACGACGAGUCGGUGGCCCUGUGUAUCGUCCGCCGGUCCACGGCAAGCUUGGCAGCCUGCAGCACGCAGGUGAGCACUUUGCAGGGCGAGGCUGUUCAGAUCAACCUGGAUAUGGAGGAACUGUCCCCCAAAACGGUGAGCCUCCCGUACUCGUCUCACAUUGGCGAUGCGUCCAGGGACAAGUUCGAACGAGGUUCCACAGGCUUCGCCUAUUCCACGGUCGUGAAUCCUGAGCCGCAGCUCGCAACCAGGAUGGUGACCCACAACUGGACCAACAGCUUCGUCUUUCUGCUCGCCGCCAUCUUCGCGGACGCCUUACACCUGGAGACCUAUGAGCACAUCGCCCAGUUGCUGGCCAAACGGCGCCUAGACCAGCUCGCUGAACGCCUGAAGCGGGCCAAAAGGCUUGGCGCCCCCUACUGGGUUUGCGCCUUCUCGGUGAACCAACACGCGGGCAUUUGUUCGCGGCCUCCUGCUGCAGACAGCACCGGCAUACCCAUCGCGGCCUGCACUUGCGACACAUUGAAGCAUUUCGACGGGGACCUGAGUGAAAUGAACAAGUUCGACGACAUGAUGGCGUACUUGAAGCGAGAGCUCCGGGAAGUGUCCAACCGAACACAGGAAGGGGUUCGUUUGCAGCAAGUGGUGGCCAUGGACGUGGACUUCACCUUACUCACGAGGGUCUGGUGCAUCGGGGAGCUCGCAGAGGGCAAGCAGCUGCAUUUGAUUCAGGCGAUCAAGGUGCAUUCUUCCACAUCGCAGCACGCGUGCUUGGACCAGAUCUUGCAGCUGGACGUUGCGAAAGCUCAGGCCUCUUACCCUGCAGACAAGGAAGUACAAGGAUUUCCUGGGGAUGCUGCACAUCGGUUUCAGUGGGGGAGUUCGGGAACAACCCUUUCUGCCAAGCAUUGCGGAGCUGGUUUUGAGCAAGAUCGAUGACACCCAGGCCUUCAACAAGGGUUUGCAGAAUCUUCUGCUGCACCGCUUGGACAACUUCCUGGGAAGGUCGGUUGCGCCGAAUUGUUUGGACGACGUUCUGCUGGCCGCCCUCACGGUGAUUUGAGGGUCUUCCAUGAAUCACACUACCUGAACAUGCGGCCAGCUUUCGACUGACCGAAUGAUUCCCGCCAAUGAUCAGACCGGUGCCAUUCCAACAGAUCGCAUCUGAGAGCGCCCUCAACGGCCUUUAAUGGCAGGGUGAGCCCAGUCUCAUCGGGGGAGACACACGAUGUCUCCCUUAAGUUUUAACUUUAAGUGUCCGAAAGGCAGCCAACUCUUGUGGAGGGAGUCGGAAAUUCCGAAGCCACAGCUGCAAUGGGACGUUUUCAUACUUUUUUUGUGACCAAACGCCAACAAACGAAAGUGCCAAAUUUCACGGCCGCAAUGACACAUCCCCGCAUGGUUAGCCAAAGGCUUCCCAUUAUGUGCACUUCUUCAGGGAUGGUGCACCUGCCUAGACCACGGAGAGUCAAGAAAUAUGCGCAAAGGACAAUAUUACUUGUAGUGGUUUGUUCA